AACGUGUUCUCAUUCUGCAAGAGGCAGGACUUCCUCUUGUAUAUCAGAGAUACUGCAAAAGACAACGUAUGCAGCUGGUGCACAAGAGUCGACUGUACGAGAAGGACAGUGGUGCCAGUAUCUCAUGGCUGACAGGAUUCUCUGCUUUGAAAAAUGAUGUUGUAAAGUUUUUGUUUUAAAAGCACUUGAGGCGAAGUUGAAUCCAGGACUUCUGUUUUAUCCUAUGCCCAAUACACCAUAGUUUUAAAUCUACAACUAUGGCUAAACGUGAAAGUAUUGUGAACCGAGUGAAGAGGUUGCUGAGAAGCCGAAAGUCCAAACAUGGCUUGAGUCAGGGGCCGGGCGACUUACCUUCUUCGCCCAAAGAUUUCUUUCCGAUAAUGUCAAGCAACAAUCAAGAAUGGCCAGAAGAGUUUGGAUUUCAUAUCAGUGGGAAUGGUCCAUGCUACAUCCUUUCCGUGCAAGAGGGCAGUAGCGCGCACAUUGCUGGUCUGCAGCCAGGGGAUCAGAUUCUGGAAAUUGAGGGACAGGAUGUAUCAUCCCUGAGUAGUGAUACAAUAAUCAAUUUAGCCAGACAUUGUAAAACUGUUCCUCCUAGCAUUGGUGUGGUGUCUCGUAUUGAGCAGAUAGAACUCCUGCCUGCAGCAGAUGGAAGAUUUGGUUUCAACCUGAGUGGUGACAGCCCUUUGCAGAUCGAGGAUUGCCUCCCAGAUUCGCCUGCAGCCGAGCUUGGACUCAAGAGUGGUGACUAUAUUAUGGAGGUUAAUGGGAUUCCAGUAAAAAACUAUGAAGUUGCAGCUUCCAUGAUAAAGGCCAAUCAUGGGAAACCAUUGAAACUGGGAGUCCUAUGCUUUGGGAAGAGACAAAAACGGAUCAGCAGCAGUAUCCGUGAAUAUGUUCAGAAUGCCGAUGCGAUACAUCAGGAGAGGAAGUUUAAAGCUUUGGAAUUUAAUAAAAAGAUUGAUGCUGUGCUUGGGGAGCAGCCUGAAGUGAAAGAAAAACUGCACACCCUCCUGAAGCAGUAUGCAGCUGAGCGCAAGGUUGAUUAUCUGGCUUACGCACUCCCAAUGAUUUUGUGUACCGAAGAGCAGCAGCAGCUCAUUGAUGACAUCAGGAUUUUUAUUCCAAAGAAGCACCGACAGCGGUUCGAUGAAGUUGUUUCACAGAGCCUUAUCAGCAAGAUUCGCAGCAGCAAGAACAGGAUUGACAGCAGCAGCCGCCUACGUAGAAGCAGGAGCGAAGACCACCAGGAACGCCUGCUUGUGUCCACCCGUGCCAGCUCAACUCCUCGGAAUCCGGAGGAACCAGGGCAGAGCAUCCGAAAGACAGGCUCCAUCUUAGGAGGAAGCGUGAGGGCAGGAACCUCCCGUAGAACGAUUCGAGUGUACAAAGGUCACAAAAGCUUUGGCUUUACCCUGCGAGGCCAUGGCCCUGUAUGGCUUGAAUCCGUUAUCCCAGGAAGUCCAGCUGAGAAAUCCGGAUUGAAGGCAGGGGAUCGAAUUUUGUUUCUCAAUGGGCUAGACAUGAGAAACUGCUCCCAUGAGAAGGUGGUGGCAAUGUUACAAGGCAGUGGAGCGAUGCCCACUCUUGUGGUGGAAGAUGGACCUUUUAACUACCCUCUUGAGCCAGACCCUGGAGACUCACCCACAUACACCUCAUCGCUGACAUCUCUACAGUGGGUGUCUGAAAUCUUGCCACCCAGUGUAAAGGUCCAAGGGAGAACAUUCACCCAGCAACUGGAGCACCUCCUGACCCCCCAUGAGCGGUACAGUGUCUGUAAGGCACUUGAGGGCUUCUUCCAGCACAGGAACAUUGAUACUUUGAUUGUUGAUAUCUACCCUGUUCUGGAUACGCCAGCGAAGCAGGUAAUAUGGCAGUUCAUCUAUCAGCUGCUGACAUAUGAGGAGCAGGAACAUUGUCACCAGAAGAUUGCCAGAUUCCUGGGUUACAAGGCAGCUGCAGAGUCUGGAGAAGGUGAACUAAUAUCUGAAGGGCCUCGUCGUAACUCUGUCAGAACCUCAUCAGUUUAUCAUGGCAGUGUGCGGGUUCGUGCUUCCAAAGAAUCUGCAACAGGAGGCCCUGGGGAUGCUGUGGACACAUAUAUCCGCCUUACUCCUGGAGAGCGACAAUCAGGAGACGGUACAUCUCUCCCUGAGACACCCAACCUGAGAAAGAUAUCUCCUGUCUAUGCUGAAAUAGAAACCCGUGGAGGGUCUGGCUAUUCAGGGAAAAUGAUGAAACCACCGCUGCCGAGAACAUCUCCGGUACCUGAACAACUGAGCCAUUCAGGCAGCAAAAAGUUGGGGAUGUCUCUGUCGUGGCAGACUGAGCCUCAUCCCAUGCACUCCUGUCGUUGUCAAGUUCCUACUGAUCCCUCCCCAACUAAUUCGGACCCACACCCCUACGUCAGCCUGGACGGCAGCCCUAGCACCUCACCCCAGAACAUGGAGAUCAUGCACAGUCCCCCAAACCGCCGCAAGAAGCUUUUCACUUUCUCCCGCCCUCCUCGCAGCCGCGAUACAGACCGAUUUCUGGAUGCCCUGAGUGAGCAGCUAGGGCAGAAGGUCACCAUCAUGGACGAGUUCAUGAACCCAGAGAAUGAUUAUGAAGAAAUGACCUUUCCAGAGGAGCAGGGAAUCUAUAGCGUAAAUGAUCCAAGCAGCCCCAGUGAAUAUGUCAGCAGCAGUGAUGAUGGAAGUUCCUUAACAUAUUCAUCAUGUUCAGAUCCUAUCCCACCUCCUCCUCAAAGUCCCCCUCCUCCACCACCCAUACAGUUCAAUGACCCGAAACCUGACACCCUAAUCUCCGAGUUGAAAAGGGUCAUCCCACCUCCACCCCCACUGCCUCCACCCCCCUCUUACUCCUCCAGCCACCAUCAGACUAUUCCUCUCCCACCACCGCCGCCUCCGCCUCCAUUACCACCCACAUCUGGCCCCCCUCCACUGCACCGUGGCUUUCACCGUAGAAGUGAAUCCAGUCACAUGAGUGUGAAGAGGCUACGAUGGGAACAAGUGGAGAACUCUGAAGGCACCAUUUGGGGUCAGUUUGGAGAGGACUCAGAUUAUGACAAGCUGAGUGACAUGGUCAAGUAUCUAGAUCUGGAGCUGCACUUUGGGACCCAGAGACCAACCAAAGCAAGUUUUGUACCCGAAACCUUUAAGAAGAAGGAUUUGGUGGAAAUACUAUCUCGUAAGAAGGCUUACAAUAUGUCUAUUCUCAUCGCUCAUCUGAAACUCUCUGCACCGGAGCUCCGUCGGAUUCUCAUGACAAUGGAGAAUGAUCGUUUGGAACCCUCUCAUAUUAAGCAGUUGCUGCUGUAUGCUCCUGAUGAGGAAGAGUUGAAGAAUUUCAAGCGGCACAUGGCUAAUCCCAGUAAGCUGAAUGAACCGGACCAAUUUGCCCUGGAGAUGCUGUCAGUCAAGGAAUAUAAAAUCAGACUGAAGAGCUUACAUUUCAAGAUCUCGUUGCAAGAGAAGACAGAAGAGAUAAAGUCUGGACUGCAGUGUAUCUACAAGGCCUCAGUCGAACUGAAAAGUGGCAAGAAACUGGCAAAGAUUCUUGAGUUUGUUCUUGCAAUGGGAAACUAUCUCAACAAUGGACAGCCUAAGAGUCCCAAAACAACAGGAUUUAAAAUUAAUUUCCUGACAGAGCUUGACACCACAAAGACUGUGGAUGGGAAAUCGACUUUUUUGCACAUUCUUGCCAAAUCACUGAGCCAGCACUUUCCUGAGCUGCUGGACUUUGCCAAGGAGAUUCCAACUGUGGCCCUUGCUGCAAAAGUCAAUCAAAGAACGAUAACUUCGGAAAUUAUAGAUAUACACACAACCAGGAAGGACAUACAGACAGUCUGUGAGAACAUGGCAGUCACUGAUGAGGACCGAUUUGCUGCAGUCAUGACCGCAUUUCUUGGGGACGCCCAGCCUGUUAUCGCUUCCCUCGACUCCCUGCAGAAUCGAGCCAUUGAAGAGUUCCACAAAGUCUCAACAUUUUUUGGAGAAGAUUCAAAAAUGACCACAACUGAAGCUUUUUUCGGGAUAUUUGCAGAAUUUAUUACAAAGUUUGAGAAAGCAUACAACGAUACACAGGCCUCAGUGAACCUCCAGAACCUGAAGGUGGUUUCCCCACUUGCCUGGUGACAUAAAUGAUGCUUCUGUAUUUACAGCAGUUUUGCCAAAAAGAGCAGUUUUGUUGGACUGACACGUGAGUAAGAUGACAGAUAGCCCCAGCUUUGGGAGUUCUCUGUAAUGACGGCGUUGGAAAGAGGAAUGGCUAAUUGGAAGGGGCAGCUCUGAGAUCAGUUUGGCAACAACCUAGCCCCAUUGACAGAAUUGACAGCUGUCUACCGCCUGUCGCACAGUUACCCCUAACUACCCCAUGCCCCCAUUCUCAUUUUAUUUCAAUUACAAUGGAUACCAACAAUAGGCAGAUUCUAUAAUCAACUAUUGGAAACUUGAACUUGUGACCAAAUCUUCAAUACGAGGCUCUCAGUAUCAGUUUUCUAUACUUUGUUCAUGCCGAAAGGCAGCAGAACCAGGAUCUUUCCCUCCUCUAGUCUCCUCUUUAUAUUUUUAUGCCCCUGGUCACAAUCAAUCUAGUUCAUUGUCUAACAUCCCAGUAGUGUUUGAUUGCCCAUGAAUUACUCAACUUGAGAAGAAUGAGGGGGGACUCUCAUAGAAACAUAUAAAAUCCUGAUGGGAUUUGACAGGCUAGAUGCAGGAAGAAUGUUCCUGAUGUUGGGAAAAUCCAGAACAAGGGAUCACAUUCUAAGAAUAAGAGGUAAGCAAUUCAGGACUGAGAUGAAGAAGAAUUUCUUCACUCAGAGUUGUGAGCCUGUGGAAUUCUGUAUCACAGAAAGCUGUUGGGGCCAGUUUGUUAAAUAUAUUCAAGAGGGAGCUGGACAUGGUCCUUGCGGUUAAAGGUAUCAAGAGGUAAGGAGAGAAAGCGGGAACGGGAUACUGAAAUUGCAUGAUCAGCCAUGAUCAUAUUGAAUGGUGGUGCAGGCUCGAAGGGCCGAAUGGCCCACUCCUGCACCUGUUUUCUAUGUUUCUAUGUUUAACACUUAAAUCUAACUGAUAGCCGGAUGGGUAAGGACAUUUAUCAAUAUGAGCAAAACAGGUCAGUCUAUUCCCAGAUGCGCCCUCUACCCUGUGUGAAUUAGCUGAUGUGAUGUUUGCAGCAGUUUGGUGAUUACAUUUGGUACCAGCACCACUGGAGUGACGAGGGGAAACAACCAGUCAAGGUUCCCAUUGAGUCUUGCCUGAAAUGGAGAUGCUUCCACUAUGAUACUUCCUUUGAACAUCCUGUUAACAUUCGCUAUCUGCGUUCACACACCAGAGUAGUACCCAAUUGAAGGAAUGAUGAGGGGCUGUCUGAAACCGUCCCCCAGUUCAGAGUUAAUGGCUUCAGAAGAGGAAGAAACAAAAUCUGAAAGCCCUAAGAAUUUCAAGAGUCUCUCAGUAACCAAACAUCCAGAAGUUUGGAUAGUGAGCCCUCGGUUACUGACUCCCCAGAAAGAGGAGAGGACUUUUUCCACUAACAAGGAAUCUGAAAAUUCCAUUUGCAUUCAUAUUUUUAAAAGUAAACUUAUUCCCGCAACCACCCCUCCCUGCCACUUUCAGUUCAAGUACUGGUGAGAUUAUUUAAAUUCUUUUUGCUAAGUUUUCAUCAUAGACAUUCAUCUUCUCCAAAGCCAUGAUUCCAACCCUUUCCAAUCCUAUUCCUUGUCUGAAAUGGAAACGGUCCUAUUCUGAGAAUUUGCUUGAAGAUUUGCUCUUUUGCUGUUUUGUGCAAGUGUUUUGGCCCAGUCAUUGGUUAUCAUGAUUACCGCUUAUUUAGACAAUCCUUGCUGGAUUUUACAACCCUGUGCUCUCUACCUAAAACCCUAUAAGAGUGCCAGCUAGUAUGUGUGAUAUCUGCUUUGUGAUUUAGAGGGAAAGAAUAUUCUGUCUGAAACCAGUAUUUAUUCAAAUAAUGUCAUUUUCAUAAAAUGUAAAGUUUUGUCCCAUCUGGUUGAGUCAUUGUGCUGAAUAAAUCUGAAUUCAGCCCUUUUAGCUGUGCUGCCUCUGACAGUGGGAGCAAACCUUUGGGUCAGGUGGUCCAUCCACAGGAUCUAUUUCAGCGGAGCUCAGUUAAAAGUCAUUACUGUUUUUUUUGUGUAUAUGAUUUCUGCGAUCCAGAUUAAUUAAGAAGCCUUCACAGAAAUAAAACACCAGUUAUUUGGAUUCAAUGUGAGCUUUGAUCCAGACUAUGCCUCAUGGUGUUCGUCUGGCAAGAAGAUUUACAGCGCUUGUGGUAAACAUUGUCUCCCCUACAUUGCACAGUUCAGUUUCACCACAUCUGCACCCUCAUGUUAAGGGAUAGCCGCCUGGAUGGCAACAGAAUAAUUCACCACAUGCAGCCAUGACCUUCUGUGUAAGAAUGUUGCACAGGUUUCAGGUGAAUCUAAAGGAAGGUUCUCAAACAGUGCUCCAAAGGAACUUUAGCCUUACAGACUCAUUGAAACAACACUUAGUUAACUUUUUAAGAAAAAAACACCUUUUUGCUAUUUGUUUUCAUCCGAACAUGCUGACUAUUCCAGGGAUACAGUUUUGCAGGUACCAGCUGUUAUUCCAGUACUUUGACCAUUGUUUAUGUGAAUCCACACAGUGUUCUUCAGCAGUAUUUCAGCCUGAUACUUGCACACUUGAACUUGCCAGCACGAUCUGCUGGACAGCGAGCAGGUUCAGGCAGCCUGCCUUGUUUUUGAUCUUGUGGUCCAGGUUUGCUGAGCCAUUGUACUGUCCUGCUCUCAUUCUGUAUCCAGCAGCAAUCUGCUGGAAUCAGGAGAUGGGCCAUUCAGCGCGUGAAAUGCUGCAUUCACUUAACUGACCCCUCUAGAGAGAGGGCUCAAGCUUCCAAACACCCUUGUUCUCUGAUACAUUAAUGAAAUAUAAUAAACAGACACAACCUCUCCAGCCUUGCUCAGUCUGAGGUGCAUAGACGUAGUCUAAAUGCAAUGGACUUGAACCCUACUGUUCAAAUCAGGAGGUAGCCUCUGAACUAAUCACUUUAUUAAAUUGCUCAAAGGACCAUUUAGAGCUUUUAUUCACCUUCCUCUCACUCUCUCUCUCUCUCUUUCUAUCACCAUUUAAGACUCACAUGAGCAGAUAUUUUGUUUGAUUAAGAAGGGAAACAGGUCUUCAUUAAAUCUGACCUCAUUCCCUUUUCUAAUUCUCUCUGUAGUGACAUAGAAAUUUUGAUGUUUUGAGUCAUUGCAUCAAAUAACUUAUACCCAUCGGCUACAUAGCAGAUAAAUUACCCACCUGAAAAAUAAAUAUAAGCCAACUCAGUGAACAUGGAGUCAAAAAUGUAUGGAAAUAAUGACAUGUCUUGGAGUUUCACAAAGCAGAGAUAAGUGGCACUUAAAUCUGAGAUAACCAGCGGGUGAUUUCUGGUACCUAACCAAAUGUCAGAUGGUGUGUUUGUAUCGUGAUUAUUAUUUAUUAAUAAUAUUUUAUUUAUAAAACUGCAGCUGGAGAUUAGGCUCAUGCUUCCUGAUUAUUAGAAUGAAUCUUAUUUUUCAUUUUAUAUUGUACACAUCAGUAAUUAAAGCUGGCAAUAAAAGUGUUAGUUAAUCGGAA